CAUCUUCAACUACGUUCUCGUGGAAAAAAUGGAAACAAGAAACAACUCUAAUACGGUUUUCUUGUAAAAUUGAUAUCACCCUAUGAAACUAUAAUCUCAAAAACCAAGCUUAGAAAACAUCAAAGCUUACAGUGAUGAUGACGAUGAUGUAUCUGUUACAGAUACAAGUGCAGUGAAGGAUCUUGCCUGGUCUACAUAGAAGUUAUUACAAGCCAUGUCUUAUUCUGCAGUUUCUAUUCCAACCUCUAUAUCUUCCUCUGCAACAAUGGACAUCACAACAGAGAAUAAACUGUUUCUCCACUCACUCUUCUCCAACAAAGGCUUAUGCAACCAUUCACCAAUCACGAGGUCUCACUCUAGCAAUCUUCUAUGUUGCUCCUCUAACAGCUUCAGAGCAACAUCAAUGCAACCAAAGCAUAAAAGCAUGCACUCCAUAGUAGUUUUUCCACUUCAACUUUCAGUGUCCAUUCUUCCAAAUCAACUUCGCUCCUUCUUCUUUGACCCAGAAAAGAAGAGGGAAAUGAUGAUGGGGCAGAAGGGUAUCAAUUUUAAGGAAAACACGGUGGAAAGCAGCGAAGAAGAGACGAUAAAUAGAGCCAACUGGGUAGAAAAAUUAAGGGGAAUUAAGACUUAUUGGAGAGGCAAACGGCCUAAAGAGAGCAUGGAUUCAGAUGUAGUAUCUAAACACGAUAAUGAGUGUGAUUGUGAUGCAGAGGAUAGUGUUUGUGUGGCAGGUUAUGAAGAAGGAAAUGGAAAAGAGGAAGAUGGACAAGAAGUGACAUUUGAUCGAGACUCUUUCUCAAAAUUUCUGGUCCCAGUUCCUUGGUCUGAUACCAAACUAUUCUCGAAGCUGGCUUUCCUGUGCCACAUGGCUUAUAUCAUACCACAAAUCAAGGCUAAGGACUUGGGGAGAUACUAUGGUCUUCAAUUCGUUACAUCAUCUUUGAAAAAGAAAAAGAAAAAGAAAGGAGAUGUGACAGAGAUUAAAGCAAAACUUGACGAGGACUCUAUUUGUGUGCCUAUGGAUGCCUCAGAAGCCUCUCAAAAUGGCUCAGAGAAGGGUGAUGAUAAUGAACAGAAGCAUCAAAUGAAGCUUGCAUAUGAUAUUACUGCUUCAGCUGCCUCUUAUGUCCAAUCACGUGCCAAGGACCUAUUGUCUCUUGCUUCUAAGUCAAAGGAACAUAGUGGUGAUGAAGACUUCAAUGGAAGAGAAGACUCACCUCAAGAGGAGGCUGAUGAAACUCCACAGGUGGACAAGUCCAAGUCUGGAGUUAAUGUUUCAGAAUUAACAAUGACUGUGGUGGCUGCAGCAGGAUCAGCAAUGGACCUUCAGUUACUUCGUUCUUCGUCUUGUGAAUGGUUUGUUUGUGAUGAUCCCAACACGCACACUCGAUGCUUUGCCAUUCAGGGAUCAUAUUCUGUGGCAUCUUGGCAAGCAAACCUCUCAUUUGAGCCUACCACAUUUGAGGACACGGAUGUUCUUGUUCACAGUGGAAUAUAUGAAGCUGCCAAGGGAAUAUAUGAGCAAUUCAUGCCAGAAAUAAUGGAUCAUUUGCAGAGACAUGGAGAUAGUGCAAAGAUUCAAUUGGCUGGACAUUCCCUAGGAGGCAGUCUCUCAGUUUUGGUGUCUUUGAUGCUAUUGACUAGGAAGGUUGUCAGUUCCUCAACUCUUCUUCAAGUAGUGACUUUUGGUUCUCCAUUUGUGUUAUGUGGAGGCCAAAAAUUACUCAAUGACCUUGGCCUGGAUGAUAGCUUCAUUCACUGUGUAAUGAUGCACAGAGAUAUUGUUCCUAGGAUCUUCUCAUGCAGUUUCCCUAGCCAUGUUAUAACUGUCCUUAAGCGCUUAAAAGGCUCAUUUGAUUCACAUCCUUGUCUCAUAGAAAAGAAGGUCUUGUACUCACCAUUGGGUAAAAUGUUAAUUCUCCAACCAGAUGAGAAAACAUCUCCUUCACAUCCCUUACUGCCAUCAGGAAGUGGUUUCUAUGUUCUUGACAGUAGCAGAUGUGGAUACUCUCCAAUUGUUCUAAGAACAUUUCUCAAUCAACCACACCCCAUUGAAACACUAAGCAAUCCAAAAGCUUAUGGCUCAGAUGGCACAGUUUUAAGAGACCAUGAUUGUAACAACUAUCUUAUGGCAGUGAAUGGAGUUUUAGCACAAAAUUCAAAGAUUGUUGUCAGGACAAGGAGAUCAAGGCAGCAACGAAAAAUAUUGAAGAGAAAGAUGAGAAAAUAAUCUUGUAGUGAACUUUUUUUCAUAUUGAAAGUAUUAAAAUUCUUUUUA